AACAAAUGUGUUCCUUAAAUAAUAUUGAAGAAUCUCUGGAUUUUUUUAACAAUAUAAGAAUCAUUGAUGAAUUAUGCAAUUUACACGAAGAAGUAACAUUGAAAGGAAAUUAUGACCAAGAGUUACUUAAAUCAAUAGAACAAUAUUUGACAAAUAAUAAAUUAAAACCUAAAGACUUAAUUAAUUU